CACUUUAAUAGGCAUUAGGCUCACCAGUGAGAGAGGUGGUAGCAAAUCAGCCAUACGAUAUGAUGGAGCUGAACAUCCAUAUUCUCCAUCUAUUAUUAUUCAUAUUCACUUUCACCUUCUUCAUCUUUCUCAAACCAACCUCCGGAGCCGACGACGAUGACUGCUUACCAGCCUCUUGCGGCCUUUCCGAACCCAAAAUUCGAUUCCCGUUCCGCCUCAUAGGCCGCCAACCGCCCCGCUGCGGCUUCCCCGGUUUCGACCUCUUCUGUGACAACAAUAACUUAACUAAUAUUCGUCUUCCCUCGUCUCGGUCAUUUGUGGUCACCAGAAUCUCCUACGUUACACAGGUGAUAUUUAUAGAUCCGGAAUUCUGUAGGCCAAACAGAAUGGCGGAUGUAAAUGCAAUUGACACACCCUUCGAGUCCAGCAAAGAACGAAGCUACACAUUUUACAACUGCUCGGUACAGAGUUUCGGGUUCAUGUAUCCGGCGGUGCCGUUUCCGUGUCUAAGCAGUGUGAAUUACUCGGUGAUAGCUGUACGGACGGGGCUGGUGAGUACGCCUACGAAUUGUGUAAAAGUGAAAGAGAUAAUAGUGCCGGUGAGAUGGAAUGGGGAUUUUAGACAGGAAUUGGAGUUGAGAUGGUUUACACCUGAUUGUAGAUCUUGUGAAUUCGAAAAUAGAGCUUGUGGUUUGAAGAGUGAUGAUGGUCAGACUACCUGUCUUGGUGCUUCUCGUGGCAUUCCACGGGGAGCUAAAUACGGAUUAAGCAUAGGCAUUGGGGUACCUGCAUUAGUAUGCAUCAUUGGGCUUGUAUGCUACACGGCUUCUAGAGUUAGAGACUAUAAUGAAACUCACCACCAAAGUAUUGACCUCUUCUCCAUUGCUAUCAUCCCACAACCAACCACUAGAACGGGCUUAGACGGAGCCACAAUUGAGUCAUACCCAAAGACCUUGCUCGGGGAAAGUUGUAGAUUACCUAAUGACGACGGUACUUGUGCUAUUUGUCUUUCAGACUACAAGCCUAAAGAGUCGUUAAGGACAAUCCCGGAAUGUAAUCAUUACUUUCACGCGGAUUGCAUAGAUGAGUGGCUUAAGUUAAACGCAACGUGUCCAGUAUGUCGGAAUUCACCCCAAAGUUCAUCAUUGGUUACACCAUGUUCUUCGGCAUCAUCCACAUCAUCCACCUCUGUAGAUUCGUAGGAAUUUUUCCAGAGAUCUUGAAUAUUUUUGAUACCUUGUAUAUUUGUAUGUAUAGAUACUACAUAACACGAUAAAAUUGUUAUACGAUGUAAUGAUGUAUUGUAUUUGGCUCAUGGAAUGCACGACGCAAUUUAUAGAGUG